CGCAGGCCUCGCAGCGUCGCUGGGGCGCAGCCGUCGCCGGCCAGGUUCCGCCUGGGUGUCCUCUGCCCUGGCCCCGGGGACGCAGGUGUGGACGUGCGCGGUCGCCAGGCUGGACGCAGCAGGCCGGCACAGGAGACACCGCCUGUACCACGAUGUUCUCCAGUGACUUUGCAGCUGCAUCCUGGGAGCUCGUGGUCCGAGUUGACCACCCCACCGCAGAGGAGAGGAGGGACGUCACGCUGAGGGUGUCCGGGGACUUGCACGUGGGAGGCGUGAUGCUCAAGCUGGUGGAAGAGAUCAACGUCGCCCAGGACUGGUCUGACUUCGCCCUGUGGUGGGAGCAGAAGCAGUGCUGGCUCCUGAAAACGCACUGGACGCUGGACAAGUGCGGGGUGCAAGCUGAUGCCCGGCUCCUCUUCACACCACAGCACAAGAUGCUGCGCCUGCGCCUGCCCAACCAGAAGACCGUGAGGCUGCGGGUCAGCUUCUCGGCUGUGGUGUUCCGCGCCGUCGGGGACAUCUGCAGGGCUCUGAAUAUCAGAAGAUCAGAAGAACUCUCCUUGUUAAAGCCUCCUGAUGACUGUUUUAAGAAGAAAAAGAAGAAAGACAAAAAUAAUAAGGAGCCUGUAAUUGAAGAUAUUCUGAACCUAGAGAGUUCUCCAACAAGUUCAGGUUCCCCAGUAAGCGCUGGCUUAUACAGCAAGACCAUGACGCCCACCUACGACCCCGUCAAUGGAACGCCAGUGUCGUCCACCAUGACGUGGUUCAGUGACAGUCCCCUGACAGGACAAAGCUGCAGCGUCCUCGCCUCCAGCCAGCCUCCCCAGUCCCCGGAAGCACUGGCUGAUAUGUUCCAGCCACGGUCCCUGGUGGAUAAAGCCAAGCUCAACGCAGGGUGGCUGGAUUCCUCUCGCUCCCUCAUGGAACAAGGCAUCCGGGAGGAUGAGCAGCUCCUGCUGCGCUUUAAAUACUACUGUUUCUUUGACUUGAACCCUAAAUACGAUGUUGUCAGAAUAAACCAGCUCUACGAACAAGCCAGGUGGGCUGUGCUCUUGGAAGAGAUCGACUGCACAGAGGAGGAAAUGUUGAUCUUCGCAGCUCUCCAGUAUCACAUCAGCAAACUGUCACUGUCCACGGAAACUCAGGAUUGCACCAAGGAGUCUGAGGUGGAUGAAGUUGAAGCUGCACUUUCUAAUUUAGAAGUGACCCUGGAAGGUGGCAAGGCGGACAGCACUCUGGAGGACAUUACUGACAUCCCUACACUUUCAGAUAACCUCAAGUUAUUUAGGCCCAAGAAGCUGUUAUUAAAAGCUUUCAAACCAUAUUGGUUCGUCUUUAAAGACACAUCGAUAGCCUACUUCAAAAACAAGGAACUUGAACAAGGAGAACCCGUAGAAAAACUCAACCUCAAAGGCUGUGAAAUUGUACCAGAUGUGAAUGUAGCAGGGAGAAAAUUUGGAAUCAAGUUACUAAUCCCUGUCGCGGAUGGUAUGAACGAAGUGUACCUGAGAUGUGACAAUGAGAAUCAGUAUGCCCGGUGGAUGGCUGCCUGUGUCUUGGCAUCCAAGGGCAAAACCAUGGCAGACAGCUCCUACCAGCCCGAGGUCCUCAACAUCCUCUCAUUUCUGAGGAUGAAGAACCGCAACUCGUCGUCUGACGUGGCUUCUAGUCCCGAAAGCAUGGACAUGAACCCAGAAUGUUUUGUGUCCCCUCGGUGUGCAAAAAAGCACAAGUCUAAACAGCUGGCAGCCCGGAUCCUGGAAGCGCACCAGAACGUGGCCCAGAUGUCCCUUAUUGAAGCCAAGCUGCGCUUCAUUCAGGCCUGGCAGUCCCUACCGGAGUUCGGCCUCACCUACUACCUGGUCAGAUUUAAGGGAUUCAAGAAAGACGACAUUCUGGGAGUUUCGUACAAUAGGUUGAUCAGAAUCGACGCAGUCACUGGGAUUCCAAGUACAACGUGGAGAUUCACCAAUAUGAAGCAGUGGAAUGUCAACUGGGAAAUCCGGCAGGUGGCGAUCGAGUUUGACCAGAACGUGUCCAUCGCGUUCACCUGCCUGAGCGCGGACUGCAAGGUGGUACACGAGUACAUCGGUGGCUACAUCUUCCUGUCCACCCGCUCCAAGGACCAGAACGAGACGCUCGACGAGGACCUGUUUCACAAACUCACGGGUGGGCAGGACUGAUGCAGCGGGCCUGCCUGGCCUCGGCGGACAGUCUCGACCUCCCUGGGAAAGGGAAUCCGUGGAGCCAUGGACCUGCCUGGUGUGUGCUUGGACCAGUGGGCACCAGGUCCACCCUAGGGCCCCGCCUCACUGCAGCUCACCCUGUCCUGGCCACACUGUGCAACCCCACGCGGCAGCCUCCUCCAGGCACAGCUGGCAGCUGAGGAGAGGGAACACUGUUGGGUCGCCGAGACCUGGUGUUCAACAACAGCUCCGCCUUGCACUGGCUGGAAGCUGACCUGUGUUCGGGGACCCCACUGCUCGGUCAGUGUCAAAGACAAGGGAAAAUCCUGUGUAGUGAGCAUAAAGCCCAAGUCACAAACUGAGGAAUGAAGACGCAGGUCUUCCCUCCGGCGCAGGCGUGCGCCCCAGCCUCUGUACCACACUUGGUUCCUGGAGAUCUAGGCGGUGAGGGGGCAGGCAUGUUAUUGGUGUCAGCUGGCACAGAGAUCAAGGCAGUGGCCUUCGAGGUCACCCUUUUGUUACAGUGACAUCCGCCAAGGUGACCUUUGACCCAUCUGGUCUUGCCACACGGCUCCUCACCCACUAUUGCUGUCACCCGGAGCCCCCUUUCCAGCCCUGGGGAUCCCAGUGACACAUGAAAGUGCUCGAAGGCAUGGGUGACAGCACGGUGCCAGGAUCCACAUUCAGCUGCUUCCACUGUGCACUGGGGCUGGGGCAGUCAGGUGUGGUUUGCUGCUCAUAAAACCCAUCUCCCAGCCAUGGCCAAUGGUCCAGGGAGGGCUGCACCCAGCUGGCCACUGGACAGCCAGCAGACCUCCCCUCUGAGACUUUCAAGCUCACGGUUUGCAUGGUGGGGAAGGACUGCCGGGACCCGUGUUCUCCUGGCCGUGUCCCUCAGGACCUCAGGCCUUUAUAACACACAAGCAAGGCCCAGACCUCCUCCUCUGCCUCUGUUGUGUCACCUGCCUUCAGUCAUGAGCAUGAGCCACUUAGCAACCGCCUGAAACUGGCUUUCUACUUUGGUUUGUUAGUGGUGGAGAGCAUGAGUAGAAGUAAAGGGAAAAAGCUCACAUUUUACUAUGUGAGACAUUCCGCUGCCACCCAAAGAACCUGAGUUGAAAGGGUAAGGCCAGAGCUCCAAUUCCACUUCCAGUUCUCUUCCAUUGCACCCCUGGGGGCCAGGCCAGGGCCCCGAUGACCCCGUCUUACUUCCAGUGGAAUCUUAGCAAGUCUGGGAGCCACGUAGACCAGCCCUCGGGGCCCCCCCCCAACCCCUAGCAGGAAGCUACCCUCUGGAAAGUCUCUGCUUAGACAGGGCUGCUCUGGAGCCCCCAGGCACCAGCUUGAUUUCUGAGGCCUGGUUCCAAACUCAGACACGGAAAAUCUGGUUCCCUUCUGAUAGAACCUCAAGCUCUAUUAGUCUAUUAGACAGGUCUUUUAGAUAGUAAUGGACUCUCCAUAAAACGGUGCAUCUUGCCAGGCAUGGUGGCACAUGCUUGUAAUCCCAGCACUCAGGAGGCCUUUGAGACGGGAAGAUUGUUGUAAGUUCGAGACCAGCUUGGACUACAAAGUGAGCUCAAGGCCAGUCUGAACUGCAUCAUGAGACCCGGUCUCAAAAAGACCAAAAAAAUAAAACCCAAAAUGGUGCACCUUGAUCCCACAUCUGCUGCCUGUGAGUACCACACCUGCUGUUACACGGCUGGCGAGUCCACUCCCCCGCCUUGGCUUAUGACGGGCUGGCAUCACCAGGAAAGUGCUGUCUGGAACUGGCAGGUUUUUAUUCAAGCUUUCUGCUGGAUUCCACUGUCAGGAAAGCAUUUCUUCCAUAACUAUGCAGAAACAUCCCCAAGGAAUGAGUAAGUGGGGCAUGAUGACCUUAACCGCCGUGGGGAGUCCUCUCCAAAGACUGUUUUUCCUCCUCCAUGGCUACCAAAAGGUCACCUGACUUCCUGUGAUGACAUUUAAGUUAAUGUGUGCCUUUCGAUACCAUUUGCUACCCCAGAUGCUACAAUCUGCAUUUUUUUUUUACUACUAUUUUGUACAAGUUUUUAAAAAGUAAAAGGAUUCUAUGGAUGUGAA